GCCAAUCAGAGGCGGCGGGGGUGCUCAGCAGUGCUAUAAAUCCAACGUGGAAGCUGAGAGGAAAGUAGGAAUGAAAAACAAUAGACACCUUCACACCGACCACACAUCUAGAGCCUCUUUUAAUCUCUUGAUAUUUUUCUACACUUAACAUAAGGUUUUGUGGUCAAGAAAAUGGCCACCUCAACCAGUUCAAAACUGAACAAAGCUGUUAAACAGCAGUACAUGGAUCUCCCUCAGGGGGACAUGGUCCAAGCCAUGUACAUCUGGAUAGAUGGUUCUGGAGAGGGAGUGCGCUGCAAGACCAGAACUUUGGAUUUUGAACCCAAGACAAUUGAGGAUCUUCCUGAGUGGAACUUUGAUGGCUCCAGCACCUACCAGUCAGAGGGCUCCAACAGCGAUAUGUUCCUGAUUCCUGUAGCCAUGUUCAGGGACCCAUUCAGAAAAGACCCCAACAAGCUGGUGCUCUGUGAAGUGCUCAAGUACAACCAUAAGCCAGCAGAGACUAAUCUGCGCAACAGCUGCAAAAAGAUCAUGAGCAUGGUGGAGAAUAACCAACCGUGGUUUGGUAUGGAGCAGGAGUACACACUCCUGGGUAUGGAUGGACAUCCCUUUGGCUGGCCCUCCAACGGCUUCCCAGGUCCACAAGGGCCCUAUUACUGUGCCGUGGGAGCAGAUAAGGCUUAUGGACGAGACAUAGUGGAGGCACACUACAGAGCCUGUCUGUAUGCUGGGGUUCAGAUCUGUGGAACCAAUGCUGAAGUCAUGCCAGCUCAGUGGGAGUUCCAGGUUGGGCCUUGUGAAGGCAUCAACAUGGGGGACCAUCUGUGGGUUGCUCGGUUCAUCCUUCACAGAGUGUGUGAGGAUUUUGGAGUGGUGGCGUCCUUUGACCCCAAACCAAUCCCAGGGAAUUGGAACGGUGCCGGCUGCCACACCAACUUCAGCACAAAGGAGAUGCGAGAGGAAGGUGGACUGAAAAUCAUUGAGGAGGCAAUUGAAAGGCUGGGGAAGAGACACGGGUAUCAUAUACGAGCCUACGAUCCCAAAGGUGGGCUCGACAACGCCAGACGCCUCACCGGUCAUCACGAAACCUCAAACAUCGACGAGUUCUCUGCCGGGGUGGCCAAUCGUGGCGCCAGCAUCCGCAUCCCUCGCACGGUGGGGCUGACCAAGAAGGGCUACUUCGAGGACCGCCGUCCAUCCGCCAACUGUGACCCUUACAUCGUCACAGAGGCUCUGGUGCGCACAUGUUUACUCAAAGAAGAGGGAGAGGAGCCCACUGACUACAGGACAUGAACAGUCUAUGACAACAUGUCAUUACCAGUACUGUAUUUAGCCAUGUAUAUUUCAAGACUUGAUCUUUACCUUGUUGAAUUUCUUACUUGACAGACAAAAGAAUAAUUUACGUAUUCCUGCGGUCUUUGUGCAUUCGGUUGUAUGCAGCAGGUUGUCUUUGCUUCUGGCACAUACAUUGCCUUUUUCCCAACGCAUUGUCGAGGUGUCAUGGUAGAAGAUUAUUUGUAUAGAAUUACAUUAUUGUAAUGUGUUAACUUGUACUAAGGAAAAACUGUCUUAAGUGCAGCAGAAUUUGUCUGACUGUAAGGAUCCCAAAGACAUUUAAAUAUUUAGCAGUCUUGGCCUCACAGUGGUUUUAUCACGUUGUGGAUAGAUACGGUCACUUUGUAAGUCAAUCUACUUUUGUAUGUUUUUGUAAAAAAAAAAAGCAUGUCUGUGCUGUUUCCACUUGUAAUUGUCACUUGCAAAAAAUCCUUAAUAAACUAACAUUUUUACAUCUGU